UUGGUUUGUGAGUCAUCGUCGGCUUGUUUAUAAACGAGAAACCGAUAAGGACUGGGUAUUGUAAAGGACAACAUGGACAUACUGGGGGUGGUGGCCAUCAAUAACUGGAUUUUAAUCGUCGUUUUUCUUCUGCCUGCUGUUUACCUGUACUUCAGAUGGAAGUUUGGACUAUGGCGUCGUCUUGGAGUUCCUACUCCUAAUUAUUUCCCUUACAUUGGAGCGAUUAAGGAUAUGAGGAAACUGGGAUUGCAUGGACUAGACAUGAAAUUGGUUAAGACCUACGGCAAAGUUAUUGGGUCCUACCUAGGAAGUGCCCCAUCACUUCUGAUAGCAGAUCCUGAUAUCAUUAAGACCAUUUUAGUGAAAGAUUUUUCCAAGGCUCCAAACAGAUUUGAAUUCUCUAGAAACAGAAGUGAAUUGCGACAUGGCUUGACCGUUGUAGAAGAUGACCAUUGGCGAUUUAUGAGAAAUACACUUCUACCGACGUUUUCAAGUGGAAAAAUGAGAAAGAUGGAUCCACUUUUAAAAAAGAAGUAUGAGUUGUUAUUGAAGAUUUUGAAAAAAGAGGCCGAUGAAGGAAACACUAUUGAAUUUAAAGAGGUGUUCGGUAGAUACACCAUGGAUGUUAUAGCUUCACUUGGAUUUGGGAUGGACACUGAUUCUCAAACAAACCCCGAUAAUACAUUUGUGAAAUAUGCCAAAGAAUUGUUUAACAUACGAUUUACUCCUCUUCUGUUUCUCAUACUAAUAUUUCCCAAAUUGGACGUGGUUUUGAACUACUUCAACAUAUCACCGUUGAAUAAUCGAAGACUCAUGACCUUUUUCAAAUCGGCAGUUCACCAAGCUAUCGGAAUGCGGGACGAGGGAGAUAAGAAUAGAAAAGAUUUGCUACAAAUGAUGCUAAAUGCCCACAAAGACACGGAUAAAAACGAGAUUGAAGAUAAACACAGCUACGAAGGAGACCCAGAGAAAUGGAAAAAACGAGGUUUGACUGAGGACGAAGUGACUGGGAAUGCGAUUCUAUUUCUCCUUGCGGGUUAUGACACAACAGCCAGCACCAUGACAUUUAUGUCGCACUGCUUGGCAACCAACCCAGAAAUCCAGGAAAAACUUAUUGACGAAAUUGACUCUGUUUUAGGAAAAGAACUGCCAACAUAUGACAAUGUAUUAAAGAUUGACUACCUGGACUGGGUAUUCAGUGAGACACUGAGAUUCUAUCCGCCUGCCGUAAGAUUAAAUCGAAAAAACAACACAGAGAUGGAAAUAGCUGGUUAUAAGAUCCCCAAGGACACCGACUUGUCUUUUGCUAUUUAUGCGGUGCACAGAGACCCUGAAUACUGGCCAGAUCCCGAAAAAUAUGAUCCUGAGAGAUUUUCUCCUGAAAACAAAGCUAAUCGUCAUCCAUAUGCCUAUCUUCCGUUUGGUCACGGUCCCAGAAACUGUAUAGGACAACGUCUUGCCGCCAUGGAGGCUAAGUGUGCCAUUGUGUACAUUCUUCAACACUAUCGUUUUCUUACUUGUGACGAAACUGAGAUACCUUUGCAGUUAGAUAAGACAGGCCUAUUAAAACCUCUGAAUGGCGUAAAAUUGAAAUUGGAGGAAAGAUCUUAACAGUGAACAAACCUAUGUGUAACUUAACAUUAAACAGUGAAUUGUGUAGAUCACUUUGACAAUGGUACCUGUAAUAUUAUACAGAUUUUAGUGAUAUAUUAGAAUUUUUUAUAUUUGAUAUAAAUUCAUCUUUUUUACAAUUCAUAUUUGAUAUUUUGCAGAUUUUAUUCAAAAUGUUUCAAAUGAGAUGUAAGACAAUACGUUAUUUUGAAAUACAACAUUAUAACAAUUUUGUAGAAUUUCUGGGAAUUUCACAAUAAAUACAAUGUAAGUUUGUACAGAUGUAGCAAAUGUCCUCAGCGAUUGUCAAAUGGACAAAUCUUUGUUUAUAGAUUUUUCUAUUCUUUAUCAGAAUAUUGCUUUUCAAUAAAUAUUUAAGCAACC